CUGUGGCAUACCAGGAUCCAAGGAUGAAGCAGGACCCAGCUCUCUGGCCCCUCGCCUGCCUCCUUGUGCUGCUGUGCUGCUCUCUGGUCACCCCCACAGCAUUGGCCCCUUGGCAGUGCCCACCGGGACUGGAGCCCAGUCUGGCCCCCGGUGUGCGUUGCAAGCCCUGCCCGCCUGGCACCUUUUCGGCAUCACAAGGCUCUGAAUUGUGCCAGCCUCACUCCCGCUGCAGUGCUCGUGGGAGACUGGAGGCCCAGGCGGGCACAGCCACUCAGGACACGAUCUGCGGAGCCUGCUGGCCUGGGUGGUUUGUCCCUUCAGAGGCCCCUAGUGUUCCCUGCCAGCCAUGUUCCUGGGCACCUCUGGGCACACACGGCUGUGAAGAGCGGGUACAGCGGGCCCGCCGGGGCGUGGAGGUGGCCCCAGGGGCCAGCGGCAGUGAGGAGAUGGGGCAGCCCGGGAAUGGCACACGGGCAGACAGCGCUGAGGAGAAAGCCACGCAGUAUGCAGUCAUCGCGAUUGUGCCCAUCUUCUGCCUCAUGGGCCUGCUGGGCAUCCUGGUGUGCAACCUGCUCAAACGCAAGGGCUACCACUGUACUGCUCAGAAGGAGGUGGCGACUGGGCCUGGAGCUGGUGUCAAUGGGAUUAACCCAGCUUACUUGGCUGAGGACCCCAAUGAGGACACCAUCGGGGUCCUGGUGCGCCUUAUCACAGAGAAGAAAGAGAACGCUGCGGCCCUGGAGGAGCUGCUGAAGGACCAUCACAGCAAACAGCUGCUGUCCGGCAAUAAUGGGCCCAUGCCCCAGCUGCCGCCCCCCAGCUCGCCGCACACCUGCCCGCACCACCACCACCUACACACCGUGCAGGGCCUGGCCUCGUUGUCUGGCCCCUGCUGCUCCCGCUGUAGCCAGAAGUGGCCUGAGGUGCUGUUGUCCCCAGAAGCUGCUGCUGCUGCCCCUCCCGCCUCAUCUAGACUCCUCCCUGGUGUGGGCCGACCCUCCAAAGGUGGGGCCAAGGCAGGACGCCAGGGCGAGAUCACAAUCUUGUCUGUGGGCAGGUUCCGAGUGGCCAGGAUUCCUGAGCAGCGGACGAGUUCACCAGUGUCAGAGGUGAAGACUAUCAUGGAGGCUGGGCCACCACCAGGGAACCUUCCUGAGUCCCCACAACUUGGCCUCCCUGCCGAGCAGCGGGUACAGCUGGGAGGUGGGGCCCAUCCCAAGUGGCUGAAGCCGCCCCUCAUGGAGAGCAAGGCUGAGGAGAACCGCUAUGUGGUCCGGCUAAGUGAGAGCAACCUGGUCAUUUGAUGGCUGCAUCCAAGGACAUGCAGUCCUUGGGGUCCUGAGGAUUCCCGGAGCCAGAGAGGCCUGUGAGGACCAAGAAGCCAUGAGAGCCUCUGUAGACAGACCCGUAGGGGCUGUUCAGGCAGGCACAGAAGGUGCAGUGUGGGAGCAGGUUGAGAGCCCUCCCCUGGACCCUGCACCCCACUCUUCCCUGCGGGACACCCCUGACCUCAUACCCUGCCAUGAUUGGGACCUGUGCUACCAGAUGGCUGCUUUGGAUGGCCAGGAGGGGCCCCCUAGCUUGGGUACAAGGCCAGGAGCAGAGGAGCCAGCACUUCAUCCAGCAGGUUCUGCAAAGGGAAGGGGCCUCACAGGGCAUGAGCAGGGACCCCCUGGGUACCAGUUCCAGACAUCCCCUCCUUCACUGGAUCCCCUUUUCUGACUGAGUGAAGGGGGCCAUUCCAGCUCUUGCAGUCUGAGAGGUGGUGGCGGACAGAGCUUGACUCCUGCCAACUGCCUGUUAGCAGCUUUGGUCCCAUAUUUGCCAUUUCCAGGCUCCCUCCCCCCAGGCCACCAUGGGGCUGCCCGCAAAGGGACCUCAUGCAUGUGCCGCCAUCACCCUCUGUCAUUCCAAGGAGAGACAGCUGGGCAGGCAGCUCAGAUUGCUUCAGAGACUUCAGGGACGACCGUGUAACAGGGCUGCAAGGCUCCUGUGGCUGUGAGGGUGUGUGUCCCCAGCCUGGGCAGUGCAGGCGACUGCCCAGCCUUGCCCCCUUCUCCACUCUGCUCAGCACCAGGUUAUUUAUGUAGGGCCGUGCUGGCACGGGCCCAAUACCACCCAUUUCUCUUAUUUAUUAAAAUAUUGCUAUUGUCCUA